CGCGGACACACCAUGACCAAGGAGCAGCUCCGGCCCCGGCUCUGUGUCAUCGAGAAAGGCCCGACUGGAUACGGCUUCCACCUGCACGGGGAGAAGGGGAAGACCGGCCAGUUCAUCCGCCUGGUGGAAGCGGCCUCUCCGGCUGAGAGAGCGGGGCUGCGGCCCGGGGAUAAAGUGGUUCAGGUGAACGGGGACAAUGUGGAGCAGGACAGUCACCAGCAAGUGGUGCAGAAGAUCAAGGCGGUUGCCGAGCAGACCCGGCUGCUGGUGGUGGACAGGGAGACGGACGAGCUGCUGAGUGCCCGGGGGCUGGUGUGUAAGGAGGAAUACAUCGCCGGCAUCCCCGACACGGAGCAGGGCGAGGAGCAGCAGGAGGAACCCGAGGAGAAAACCCCUGCAGCCGAGACCAAAGCGGCCGAUACUGUGUCUCAGAGCAGCAGCGAGAAGGAAGUUUCUGAUACUCUGAAGGAGCUUCGCCCUCGUCUCUGUCAUAUGCAGAAAGGAUCCAAUGGUUAUGGCUUCAACCUGCACAGUGAGAAGUCAAAGGUCGGCCAAUAUAUCCGGGCCGUGGACCCUGAUUCUCCCGCAGAACGUUCCGGACUUCUGCCUCAGGACCGCAUCAUUGAGGUUAAUGGUGAAAAUGUUGAAGGGAAGCAGCACUCUGAUGUGGUGACCGCCAUUAAGAUGGGCGGUGUGGAGACCUCGCUGUUGGUUGUCGAUCCGGAGACAGACGAAUUUUUCAAGAAAUGCCAAGUUUUGCCAUCAGUUGCCCACCUCACAGGGCCUCUUCCACAUUUGCUUGUGAAUGGGGAUCUCGAACAGAAGGCCAAUGGGAACAUCUCUGCAGAAGUGACUCCCACAUCAGCACCAUCUUCGAAUUCAUCAUCCUCCCCAUCAACUCCAACAACUCCAGCCAGGGAUGAGAGUGCCCAGAUGGUUGAGCUCCAGCCUGAAGGUGAAAUGAAAUUUCCCGAGGUGGGUUUGAGCCUCAGUACCUCUGCAGCAGAGGCCAAGGAGAAGGUUCAUUCGAAACGUUCAAACAAGCGGGCCCCACAGAUGGACUGGAGUAAGAAGAAUGAACUAUUCAGCAAUUUGUAAUGGAGACGGAGCCUUCGCUAAUCUCAGCUUCAGCUUUAAUAACCUCAGAAAAUGUUAAUUUCUCUGGUAAUUUUAUUUUCUUAAACCCAGCAAAUUUUAACCUGGUACAUGUUGGGUCCCUCCCUCGCUGGCUUAUGAACCCCUUUCCUCCCUCUGGUUAGAGCCAUCAUGUCCAGUUGUCAAUGGCCUGGUUUGUGUUAGUUGAGCCAGGGGACAGUGUGACAAGUUCUCCCCUUGUCCCACCCUGAGCAGAGAUUUAGUCCGGACUGUGUUUGAGGCCCCUCUCCUAGUGGAGUGCUGGGAUUCCCGGGCAGCUGUCACCGUGGACUCCUGAUUCCAGUGGUAACCUCGACAGGGACAGUGUUGUGGAGCUGGGAGCAUUCUCCUGCCUUAACAUCUAUGCUGCCCUGUCACUGAUUUUCCCCACUCCUGCCCCCCACCGGCGUGGGGGGGGGUGGGGGGCAGGGGAGAGAGAGCGAGAGAGAGAGACCUUCCUCCCCCUCUCCCCUUCCACCCCCCACCCCAGUGCCCAGGGCAGGCUGGUUUUUUUGCCUCGGGUGAACUGUGUGAGAGAUUUCAGACCAGGCUUCGUAACACAGUCACUACCUGAUCCCUUUGAUUACUAAAAAGAGGCCAAAUUUUAAAUCUCUCUUCAAGCCCUGAGUUCUGUGCUGAAAACACUUACCAUUUACUCACAAACCUGGUGAUGUUGGCAGAAAUUGUUCCUUGCUCCUGAUGAACAGAGGGUUGUGAAACUGUCGAAACUUUGAAAUCACUGACACAAAUUACACUUAGUGAUGAACCCCACAUUUUUACCAAUAACAGGAUCACACUUUCUUUAAUUUGCUGUGUGAAAUUACAGUGUUUUACUUAGAUUCUUCCUUUUAAAAUCAAGUCAAAUCUACAAAAUGCAAUCAGCUACAUUCAUUAGUUUGAAUUACUAGAUGAGGCUUUGGUAAGAAGUGAUGGCUGCUUUACAUGUUGAACUAGAUGGUAAGGAUACUAGUCAGUGCUGAUAGACUGAGCUGUCUCCACGAGGGCCCUUGGGUCAGCACAGGCCAGUGAGGCACAUCAUUAUCAAGCUCAGCUCCAUCUAACUGACUAGGAGUGUGCAUUUCUGUUGAAUGGGCGUGAGGUCAGUUUGCCAACACUCCAACUGACUCCAGUUAUGGAGAAGUGUUGCCAUGCAAGGAUAUUAUCGGGGCUUUCAUUUACAGCAUAAUUCAAGAAUGUCAAAGCCAUCCAGUCCCUGGGAUCUCCUUCCUCUAUUUCUGUCCAACCUACUCUAUAGGUUUCAAGUCUCGUUUUCAAAGACCAACCUUCCUCAUGCUUAUUGUCCCUGAUCAUGAAUGAAGCUUUGAUCCGGAUCACGGUGGGGUAUAAAGUGUCCCUCUGGGCACUCCGAUAACUGCUGGUCUGUGUAUCUAUGGGAAAAAUGUGUUAUCGAGUCCAAUUAAUCUGGGAAAAUGUUUUGUUAAAGGUGGCCUAGUUAAGACUGGCCAAGUUAAUGCUGGUCUAGUUACUGAUAUGUUGAUUUCCCCUUCCCUAUGUUUGAAUCUUGUAAUGGCAGAGUAGUAUGUGUCUGCUAACGUUCCUGCUGGGUUGGACCUUAUUUAGAAUGUUCUGUGGAUGAUGGGUUAUUAAAUGGGCUCCUUGUUUAUCAGUUCUGAACUGUCAUUGCCAGUUUCUUUGGGUUUUUGUUGACGUUUGGGUGUUUUAUUAAUUCACUCCGCUGUGUACAGAAUGCCCCCCACCUCUUCCUGUCUUUUAACUAGGGGCGUGCUGACUAAAUGCCACGUGUAGUUUAGCACCACCACCAGCGUUUGUAAUUCGCUUUAGUUUGCCACAAGUGAGUUCUGAUGUGAAAAGCUUCUGGAACCUGGAAAUUUAUCAGGCUUCUCAUUUGCUUCCAAAGGGGAUUUUGGCUUAAAACCGAUUCAGUUAAAAGAAAUGAAGAUUGAAAUGAUGCAGCAAUGAUCAGGCAGGAAGUCCUGAGCUCCCUGCACUCUGGCAAGUUCAGAAGGAAUUUUGUAAAAAACUGGUUUGGGUCAGUCACAGUAAUCUGCGUAAAUCUGCAAAAACAUUCCUCCUAAUAAAACAGUUGGGAACCCUCAGAGUGACUGGAAUUUUUUAAUUGUAACACUGACCUUCUAAUAGGUUGGGGGGGAAUUAGAGAUUGUAUUACCCCAGCUUUUUUUAGUUUUAACCCUCGGGAUCUCAGAUCGAGAUGGUACCUGGGAUCUGGGAGCUGUGGUGAAGGCAAAUCCUGCGUGAUUUCCAAAAUAAAUGAUUUCUCAAGGGACCUCGUUUCACACGUUACCACAGGGACCAGUGCCUUUACGCCAAAUUUAAGAGUUCCUGGGUUUAGUCCCAAUUCCCAGGCAAUGGGUUGAGGGUUAAUCUGGGUACAAUCAUGGUCUGUUUCCUAAUGUGGCGUUCUCUCUGGUCACUGUACUUUAUGUUGCAUUUACUUUUUCUCAUUACACCUUGUACACUUUAUAUUAAAAAACACAUGACUAGGCCGACGGAGAGGUGGAAAUGUUCCUGUGAAAGUAAAACGCCACUUACAGCCUCAGGAAACCUGAGCUGAGUUUGAUCCUCUGUGUACGUGUUUCUAUUUGUUAUUAGCUUUGAUUUUGUCCGUACACCGUGUCUGAUCGGUGUGGAGCAAGUGACGUCUGAUUUAAUUAGCACAAGUCCUGAGUUAGAGACACUGCAAGUUGUAGAGCAGUUUCCUCCUGUGUGUAACAGGCCGAGAUCAAAGCGUUUCUCAAUCUGUAGCUUCCAAGUUGUAAAACAGAACGAUUUGUCGUCCAAACUCAGACACAUUGUAAUUUUUAGAAACUAUAUUUUUAUCAAUGUGUGUAAAUUUUAAGCAAUAAAAGUUAAAAUCAAA